GCGCUGUGCCGUGCCGUGCCGUGCCGUGCCGUACCGGGAGCCGCAGUCCUCUGCCGGGCCGGGCGGGGCGGGAGCCGCGGGGAGGAUGGGCUGAGCCGGGCGGAGCGGGGCAAUGCGCGGGAACCGGGCGGUGUGCGGGCACCGGUGGCCCUAGGGGCAGCUCCCCCACGUCGGUUGCAACUGCUGCCAUGAGACGCGGUCCCCCCAGCCCGUCCCCCCCACCCCGGGGGGAGACCCCCGCUCGGCAGCCCCUUGGCCCCGGGAGCGGGGGCUUGGACAUGCUGCGCUGCCCCUCCUGCCUCCUCCUGCUCUGGGAGCCGGUGACCGUGUCCUGCGGUCACUCUUUCUGCAAGCCGUGCCUCGGGGGGACCGUGCCCUCCCGCUGCCCCUUGUGCCAGGAGAGGCUGAAGCUGCUGGGCGUCGCGGUGGCGAGGUGCAACGUGGUGCUCUGCGGCCUCCUGGAGAAAUGCGUGGAGCCGGAGAGCCGGCUGGCCUGGCUGGUGGCACGCAUCCGGGACCGUCUCACCCGUGGGGACGUGCAGGAAGCGCUGAGGAUGGCUCAGAAAGGGGUCGAGCUGGCCCCAGAUGCCAGCUCCCUGCGGCUGUGCCGGGCAGAGGUGUUCGUGGCGCUGGGGCAGCACCCGCGGGCCCUGGAGGACCUGGACACCGUGUGCAGGGCUGAGCCUGGAGAGCACGAGGGCUUCUUCAGGAAAGGGAAGGUGCUUCUGGAGAUGGGACAGAGAGCCGAAGCCCUGCUGGCGUGGGAGCACUGCCUGACGCUUAGUCCCCAUUUCCAACCUGCUCGGAGAGAGAUGGAGAAGAUCCUCAUGCGAGAGGAUGCUCCUCAGCCACGCACAGCUGCUGUAUGCCUGGGUGAUGGUCACCAGGGCUCGACUGGUCCCCAGAUUGAUGGAGGGAGCCCUGCACUCCCAUUGUCUCCCACACAAGCUCAGGAUCAGGAGGGAGAGCCAGCGGAUAGCGGAGGGGACGCUGGGUCUGAGCACGGCCAGGGGACAGCCACCCUUUCGCAGCCGGGGCGACAGCAGGAACCGGAGACUUUGGCAGAGAGGCAGGGACAGCAGUUGGUAGAUAAUGAAGAGGAAACAGCAGCAGCAAACUGUACCCAGACAUGCCUCGGGGAGCUGCUGAGCAUAUCUGACUUGGAGUGUUCCCUCUGCAUACGGAUGUUCUUCGAGCCAGUGACGACGCCAUGUGGGCACACCUUCUGCAAGGAGUGCCUCGAACGCUGCCUGGACCACCGACCCAACUGCCCCCUCUGCAAACAGAGUCUGAGAGAGUACCUGAAGGCCGGAAGCUACAACCCCACCGUGCUGCUGCAGGACAUCAUGCUGGCCACCUUCCCUGCACAGCUUGCUGAGCGCCGGGAGCUGCACCGGACUGAGAUGGAAGAGCUCUCCAACCUGACCAAGAACAUCCCCAUCUUCGUGUGCACGAUGUCCUUCCCAGGCAUCGCCUGCCCUUUGCACGUCUUCGAGCCUCGCUACCGCCUCAUGAUCCGGCGGUGCCAGGAGACCGGCACGAGAAGGUUUGGCAUGUGUAUAUACGAGAAUGGGAAAAGUUUUGCUGACUAUGGGUGCAUGCUGGAGAUUCGGCAGAUCGAGGUGCUGGCGGACGGGAGGUCCUUGGUGGACACCAUCGGCAGGCGGCGGUUCCGGGUGCUGAGACGCGGACACAGGGAUGGCUACAACACUGCCGACAUCGAGUACCUGGAGGACAAGAAGGUGGCCGGGGAGGAGCUGCAGGAGCUGCAGUGCCUGCAUGAAAGCACCUACCGCUUGGCUCAGCGGUUUUGUGAGCACGGAGACCUUGCCUCUAGGCACAUUUUGAUGCAGCAUGGACCGCUGCCGGAGAAGGAAGAGGACAUCCAGGCUUCGGCAGACGGCCCGACGUGGUGCUGGUGGCUCAUCUCCAUCCUGCCCCUUGACCCGUCCUACCAGCUGAACCUCUUCUCCACCACCUCCCUGCGUGCCCGCCUCACCCAGCUGCAGCGCAUCCUCGCCGCCCUGCUGCAGCAGCCCCCCGCCGGGCACCCGUUGCCCGAGCGCAGCCCCCGGGGCCGCGUCUGAGCCCCCCAGCCCCCCCCCCUUUCUGCAGGGGAGACCUUCACCCCCUUGGGUUUCUCUAUGUGUUGCUUCAUGGUUUUGCGUGUGGUUUGAGCCCCCCCUAAAAGUGACCUCAGCGAUGAGCUGGGCACCCUCUGCCCGGCUUGGUGGGGCUGGGGUCGCACCGACAGCAACACUACGCCGUCCACGCCGCCUCCAGGAGCUGCUCGGUGCCAUGGCUGUGCUGCCAAAGUGGGGACUGGGAUGGAAAGCUGGGUUGCGUCUCAGGAACCAAAAUCACUUGCUGAGCUGCUUCGGCACUAAGGAGGAUUCUUCUUAGGGCAGAGGACCAAGUGCCAGGAUCGCCUUGGUUUUGGCUCUGCCCUCUUUGGUAGAUGGUCCUGCUCCGUGCAGCAGAUUUAGAGGCUUGGGAGAGGUGGCACCGGGAGGCGGAGAGGUCCCGAUGGCUUCCCCCAGCUUUGGGAGCUGACAGCUCUGCCUCUGCUUAUGACUUUGAUUUAAUUUCUAUUCACACGAGAAGAAAGGUUAAAUUAAACAAUCUGAAACUUGUGGUCCUGCUCCUAACCACCUCCAUGGCCACAUGGCGAAGAGAUGCUGCUCUCCAAAUGCACCCGGGUCUGAUGUCCCCUUCCCGCCUUUCUGCUCGGUGCUCUGCCGUGUUUGCUGUACCAAGCUUGCCGGCCAGUUCCCCGUGCUGGAGCCAUGGGAAGGGGGGGGAUUUGGCAGCGUUGGUGCUUUUCCCCCCACCCAAAGGCUGCUGUUCCUGAGCUGGGCUGGGUUCAGGUUGGAAGAUUGGACCUGGGGGCUGGAAGGAGCCGAUGGCAUGAGGGAGUUAAGCCUGGUUUUGUGAGACUUUCUGUUCCUUUACUAGUGCAGUUUUCCUUUGCUCAGUGUUUCUUGUGAACUUUCUGCCUCAGGAGAAAAUCAGGACCUGGGGUGAGGCUGGAUCCUUGCAUUUGGUACCUGGAACAGCUCAGGAUCCCCCAAAAGAGCACAGAGUGAAGGCAAAGGGAGCCGAACCCCUGGAGAGGUGGGGAGGGGCAGGGGAGGGGCAGGACCGGUGACGGAGGCUGUAAGCCCCAUGUCAGGGGAGCAAGUGCCCUCCUGCAAAUACCUGGCUGCUGCUUGUCUCUAAACACAGGGAAGACUAUCCCCCUGGACAGACCAGGCUUUCCUCCAUGGAAAUCCUGAAGGUUUGGGAUUUUUGUCUCCCAUCCGUAAUUUCGGUGGCUUUGGAUUGAAUUUUAGGAGGCCAUCCACUUGGUCGUCGGAUUAACAUUAACAUCCAGAAUUUUAUCCCUGCUUUUCUCAAAGGCUCCGCACCCCAUCGGGGGGCUCAGUGGGCUGUUGGAUGUGUGUGUGGGAGAGAAAAGCAGGCUGGGGCUAGAGUGCUCCUUACUGCACGUGUUGCUGGGCUGAGUCCGGGGAAGGAGGCUCUGGACGCAGCUCCGGAGGGGUCCCUGCCAAGGGCCACCGCCUUUCACUGUCCUGCUCUCUCCAGGAGCAAGAGGUCUUGGUCCUUCCUCUCCAGCAAAGUGCUUCCCUGGAGUGACAGUCAGGGGAGCUGAGGGCUUGCUCCCCAGGGAUGAGUGAGCACAGGGUGGCUGAGGACAACUCAAAGCUGGAUUUGCUUCUCUACCUUUGAGCCAUGUCCUCUGCCACUUUGCUGCUGUCUCUGGGGUGCCGUGAUUCCCCCAAGGGGCUGUAUCCUCGGGAUUUUGGAUUGGGGUGGGCAGGGGUGGGUGAUGGAGGGAUGCCCCGCAGUCCCAGGGCAGGUGCAUGCAGGUGGCAGGAUGCCACUGAAGUUUGGGAAGUGCCUUUCUUUUCCACAGGGUCAGUGUGAGCUCACCCAGUGACACCUCACCCCACCUCCCGAGCAUCUCAUCUACCCCCCGAGUUGCCCGUUCCCCAGGUGUGGGAGCUCCCUGGGCUGCUGCGGGUCCCUCCAGCAAGGGGGAGGCAUGGGGGGAUGCAGGGGAGAAGCGUGGGUCUGAACCAUGUCCACGCUGGGGGAGAGCCGGGGACCAGAGCCACAUCUGCCUGGCUACUUUGGGAAGGGACUCGUGCAAAUCACUUCAGUUUGCUUGGAGUGCCUUCGGGGUUUGUAUUAGUAUCUUUGCUUUUUGAAUUAAAUUUUCUUCCUGGUUAUUGAAAUAAAGACUUUUUUUUUCUUCUU